CAUUGACUGUAAGAUUCAUCACCAGGAGAUUCAUUGGAGACUAUGACCCGACUCUAGAAAUGAUUUACAGACACAUGGCCAUCAUCGAUGGGGAGAUGGUGCACUUCGAGAUCCUGGAUACGGCAGGACAGGAGGAGGAUUCCCUGCAGAUAGAGGAGAAGAUCAAGUGGGGUGAUGGCUUCGCCGUGGUCUACUCGGUGACGGACAGGUGCAGCUUUGACGAGGUGAUGCGGCUGUGUUUCCUCAUCAACCACAUCCACUCGAGCCCCAAGCGCAGCAGCGGGGGCGACCAGCCCCCCGUCGUCAUCGUGGGCAACAAGAAGGACUUGCAGUUCGACAGGAUGGUGUCCACAGAGGACGGCGAAAACCUCUCCAAGGCCUUGAAGCUUCCUUUCUACGAGAUCUCCACCCGGGACAGCUAUGAAGAGACCGUGGGGGUGUUCAACACCCUCUACCAGGAGCUCAUGAGACAGGGACAUUUCUCCCCAGGCUCCUUCAAGAGGAGGACAGUGUCAAAGCUGAUGGAGAAGAUCCCUAAGAUGCAAGCCAGCUCCACCUUGAACUCAGCGGGCCGGAGCCUCAGCUUUAACUCCUUCAGGGACUACAUCCCAGAGUGA